UCUGAAAUAAACGCCCACUGCUAUGAUUGCUAACAGUUGUGAAAACGUUUGACAGUACAUCCUUUAUAGAUGAACGCUGCUGUCAUUUAGGUCAAAAUCACAUAAAUACUUAUAUCGAAUCAUCUGUAAGAAGAGACAAAGCAAUAGUGACCAUGUAAUAAAAUCAGUGACAUUAAUGUCGGAACCAAUAUAUUUGGCAUAUCUUUUAGUUUUACUCUUUCAGAACAUCCUGUGUUGAAUUGUGCCUUGUUUGUAAACGAAUCCAGGGUAAAAUUAAAGAAAAAUUAAGUGACAAGAAACCAGUGGUACUGAUACAUAAAAAUGGACUUUGGCGUGCAUAUUAUACUGUAUAUGCAUAUAAUACGCAGUUUUCGGGUGCAUAUGAUAAGAAAUUUGUUGAUGUGUAUAUAAUACGCAGUUUUCACUUGGAUAUGAUACAAAAUUUGAGGACGUGAAUAUAAUACGCAGUUUACGCAUGCGUAUGAUAAGAAAUUUGUUGACGUGCAUUAUCAAUUUUUGCAUAUCAAUACUGCAAUAUUUUUUAUUAAUUUGCCGUACUUAAUUUGCCAUAAUUUAUUUUCAUGAGAUCGGGUUGGUUUAUCCAUACUAUUACGUCAUAUAGUGACACAUUCCACAACCUGUCAUUCUGGAAGACUGGCUUCAGUAUAAGCUCAUUUUAGACCAAUGAGAAAAUUUUGAACUCUAAAUCAUACAUAAUGUUUUUAUAGCACAAUGACCUCUUAUAUAUCAAAAGACCAAGAGAAUUAAGAUUUCUCAGUUCAUGACCCCUUUAAAGAAUUUAUAAUAUUGCUGUAACUGAUCCUGAUAUGGUCAAAGAUAUACUAAAUCUUCAGUAUUAAAUCUAGUGUUGUUUCACAUAAAUCUUGCUAUUUGCCCUCUUCCUUUUGAAUGAUCAGUCUAGUUUUCCACAAUUUCAUGUUCCUUUGAACAUUAAAAUGCCUUAAAAUAGACAUAUACUAUGGAGGAUCACAAAAGCAGGUUAUUUUUAUCUGUCUUACUGUGCCACUCCCUUCAGGCGUGUGGUUUUGAUAUGACAGAAUGGAAAGUGACAAGAAUUGUCUUUUUGCUUGAGGAGUUCUCCUGCAUAAUGGAGGGUAAUGUUGCAAGACGUUAGCAAGAAUAUCAAAUAACCAGGCAAGCUUUCCUCAAAGUUUGUCCGAGAUGAAGGUUUUAGAUUUUAUAAUAGUACUGGAAUUAACUUAGUAUGGACCCAUAAUAGGUUUGUUCCAUUCCGUAUGAUUGACAUUGUGAAAGUUGAUGCAGGAUGGAUGGAAGAAUGAGAAGGAAAUGAAGCAUUACAGAUGGGGUCUGUGAUUGCUGGGAAGCCCUGGCACUCCAGUGACAGCAUGUACUGUCACACAAUAUUAUCUCUCCUGUAUGAGUGUGUGGAAGUGAAUAAGUAUUAUCGCUUACGUACAUAACAUUGUGUUUUCUGUCUCUGUGCUGCCAUGGAAACUGGAUGCCCGCCUUCACCCCGGGGGUCGGUGCAUGGCAGCGCAGUGCCCGAGGGAUUGGGAUAUAAUCAGUGAUGUGGAGCGCUUCUGACACUUUGCCACUUUCUAGUACUAUAGAAUACACAGUGGAUGUGUUUUUCCGUCAGCGCUGGACAGACGAGCGGCUGAAGUUUAACGGGCCAAUGAACAUCCUGCGUCUCAACAACCUGAUGGCCAGUAAAAUCUGGACUCCAGACACUUUCUUUCACAACGGCAAGAAAUCUGUGGCUCACAACAUGACCAUGCCCAACAAACUACUGCGGAUUAUGGAGAAUGGCACUCUACUGUACACCAUGAGGUUGACAGUGCAAGCAGAAUGCCCGAUGCAUCUUGAGGACUUUCCAAUGGACUUCCAUUCCUGUCCACUUAAAUUUGGCAGCUAUGCUUACACUCUGACAGAGGUGACGUAUGUUUGGACACGUGAUGCCACCCUAUCGGUGGAAGUAGCUCCAGAUGGUUCUAGACUUAACCAGUAUGACUUAACAGGACAGACUGUUGGCAAGGAAACCAUCAAGUCAAGUACUGGUGAAUAUACAGUGAUGACUGCCCAUUUCCAUCUGAAGAGGAAGAUUGGGUACUUUGUGAUUCAGACGUACCUGCCUUGCAUAAUGACUGUCAUCUUAUCCCAAGUCUCUUUUUGGCUCAAUCGAGAGUCUGUCCCAGCACGCACUGUUUUUGGUGUAACUACAGUGCUAACGAUGACCACUCUGAGUAUCAGCGCUCGAAACUCUUUACCAAAGGUGGCCUACGCCACAGCCAUGGACUGGUUCAUCGCUGUGUGCUAUGCAUUUGUUUUCUCUGCUCUCAUCGAGUUUGCCACUGUAAACUACUUCACCAAGCGCGGCUGGGCCUGGGAUGGCAAGAGCAUUGUCAAUGAUAAGAAAAAGGAGAUGUCCGUUAUCAAAAAGAAUAAUGCAUAUGCAGUCGCCGUGGCAAACUACGCGCCCCACAUUGCAAAGGACUCUGCUCUGCCCACAGUCUCAAAGAGCGCCACAGCGGAGCCCAGUAAAGCUCUGCCAGUGGCUAAAGAAGCACUGAAGACCUUCAACAGCGUCAGCAAGAUUGACCGUAUGUCUCGCAUAAUCUUUCCAGUGCUUUUUGGCAGUUUUAACCUGGUUUAUUGGGCCACGUAUCUCAACAGAGAGCCUGGUGGUAAGAACAUGGUGCCCUCCAAGUAAGCCAUUAGCUAUUGCACAUACAAUCAUUCCUCUACUACUAAAUUAUAAUAGCAGAUUUUGUACAAAUUCUUUAGUGUACCUUUGACGUAUAUGUGAUAUGAACGCUUUUUACAGCCUCCUUACAAUCUUACCACUGCCAGGAAAAUGUGAAGAGUUUCUUAUCAUACUUUACCGGGACAAAUUAACUUAUUUCAACAGUUUUAUUUUUGUACGUCGUUGUGUGAUUUCUGAGUAUUUAACUGAUUUUUUCCUUGCCUUUUUAUGCAGUGUUUACUGUCAUUUUCAUACAGACCUCUGUUUUUUAUUUAACUACAUUUGUGUAUUAUAUAUUUAUAAAAUAUCAGCCUCCUUUGGUUAAUGUCAGUGUUUUGGGUAAAUUAUGAAUUAAGCUCACAGGUGUUGUGCAUUAACGACAUUAUACUGUUUAAAAUGAAAGCGCAUACAUACUAAAUGUGAUAGCUGUGUUGUUUUGUUAUAACUGCACUACAGUAUCUGUAAGACAGAUCACUGCACCUUUAUAUUGACUGAUGUAGCAUUUCAAGUCAAAUUAAAUAUGGCACUUUACUUUCUGAUUGCAUAUAAGCUUUCACGCACAUCACGCAGCUGUGCAUAUAAUUCUCAUUCGUAAGCAAUGCCCCAUUAAUGAAAGUAUACACCCACACAUGGUUUAAAGGUAAAUGAUUCAAUGAGUUUGUUUGAAGCACCACAGUGCUUUGCAUUGUUGUAGACACUUUGAUCCAUGAGCACAGUCUCAAGUGGAAUUAGCACUGCAUCUAAACCACUGCUGUUUCUUUGGUUCACAGUGAAUGAAAAUGCUGCUGAGAUUUUCCCACAUAGUUUGGGCAGAUUUACGUUUCAAAUUUGCUUGUGUUGAAGUGAGAGCAAUAUGUCGGUGUUCUGUAUGUUACUCAAACAGUGAUGCUUCUAAGGUCCAGGCCACUGAUACUCACAUUAGCUUAAUGUUGCAACAGUGAUAUGAUGUUGUUUAUAUGGGAUUUUCAAGAUAUGUCUAUUGUAGCUUCAUGAUUAAUGCAGAUAAUGGUUGUAAUGGGCUUCUCAGUAUGAUAUAUUCGCCUAAUGAUGCUAUGAAAAUGGGAAUCAAAAUGUACUGUUCGCUCAAUAUAUCAUUUGUCAAACAUUUUCAGAGUUUUCAUUACUAACAUCAACAAUCCCGACAAGUGUAAUGAACUACUGUGGGCUUACUUUUAACAGCUUUUCAAUUUGCCAUAUUGUUCUCAGUUUUCUGCCUGGGCAAAGAGACAGCUCCCCUGUUGACUGAAAUAAAGUGUUGUCAAAUCCAA